AAUAUGAACAAUGUGACAGAGUUUGUUCUCCUGGGGCUCACACAGAAUCCAAAGAUGCAGAAAAUCAUAUUUGCUGUGUUUUUUGUCAUCUAUAUUAUCACUGUGGUAGGAAAUGUGCUCAUCGUGGUCACCAUCACUGCCAGCCCAUCCCUGGGGUCCCCCAUGUACUUUUUCCUGGCCUACCUCUCCUUUAUUGAUGCCUGCUAUUCCUCUGUCAGUACCCCCAAAAUGAUUAUAGAUUCACUCCGUGGAAAGAAAACCAUCCUAUUUGAUGAGUGUAUGACCCAAAUCUUUGGGGAACAUUUCUUUGGAGGUGCUGAGGUCAUCCUGCUGACUGUGAUGGCCUAUGACCGCUAUGUGGCCAUCUGCAAGCCUUUGCACUAUACAACCAUCAUGAAUUGGAGAGUGUGUGGGCUACUACUGGGAGUGUCAUGGGUGGGAGGUUUCCUUCACGGAACCAUUCAGAUCCUCUUCAUUUUCAGAUUACCCUUCUGUGGUCCUAAUGUCAUAGAUCACUUUAUGUGUGAUCUGAACCCUUUGCUGGAUCUUGCCUGCACUGAUACCCACACUCUGGGGCUCUUUGUUGCUGCCAACAGUGGGUUCAUCUGUCUUUUAAACUUCCUUCUCCUGCUGGUCUCCUAUGUGGUCAUUCUGUGCUCUCUAAGGACCUACAGCUUGGAGGCGAGGCGCAAAGCCCUCUCCACCUGUGUUUCCCACAUCACUGUAGUUGUGUUAUACUUUGUGCCCUGUAUAUUUGUGUACACGAGACCUGCAGCUACUUUACCAAUUGAUAAAGCAGUUGCUGUAUUCUACACUAUGAUCACUCCCAUGUUGAAUCCCUUAAUCUAUACCUUGAGAAAUGCCCAGAUGGAAACUGCCAUUAGGAAAUUGUGGAAUAGAAAAGCCAUUUCAGGUGACAGAUAA